AUGGCGACUUCAAUUGAAGAAAGUAUACACGAGAUCAGUACUCACACUAGAUCGUUUACAGGAUGUGCCACAUGUCGAAGUCGGCAUGUCAAAUGCGAUGAAGGACAGCCAGAAUGUUCAAUGUGCCAAUACUUUGGACUUCCCUGUAGUGGAUAUAAGAAAGAUAUCUUCUUUGACUUUGAGACUUCACCGGGAAACCACGGGGUUCGCUUUCGUCGGCCGCUGCUCUCAGUGAAAGAGAGAGAGCGCAUGAGUAAAUGGCUUGUAUCCAGUGCACCCCCAAAGACAACUCUUCGAAUAUUAUCACGCAUUGAUGAUGAAUGCGAAAGAGCGACUUCGUCAGAUGAUAUCGAGAUUCGGCGGGGCCCCUUCGGAGCUUUCAAACUGAACCAAGUUCAAAACGAUCUAUCUCGCGGACCACCCAUGAGCGAUCUCCAAAAUAUAGACUCUAGCUCUCCGGAACAUGUGAUACCGACCAAUGAUUUAUAUGCAAUCCAACCAGAGGUGCCUCUAUCGCCUUGGUCCCAGGGCCUAAUGCAAUUGAUGUUUGAUCAACCAGAGGAUGUUCCUGUUCCACCUUCCACCGGUUUUCUAGACGCCAUGAAUUCUAAUGGCAUCAGGAACGAGCCGUCUCCCCAGGAGUACUUACCAACAUUGAUGCCAGAGAACUAUUACAACCAUUCCGUAUUCCCCACCUCACUCGCCUCCUCUAUGGGUACUGCAAAGUCUGUGCCUCAAGACGCCGUCUUUCUACUCAAGCACUAUGCCUCGGCUGUCAUUAGCCUGAUGACACCACUUCGUCAUUCUAAAACUCCUUGGCACGUCCUUUUUAUCCCCCACACUAAAACAUGUCUCGCUACAAUGGCGCUAGGUGAUGAUAUGAGUGAUGCCAGUCUCUGUGCAUUCUACGGAACAUUAGCAAUAAGUGCUUUCAGUCUCGGAGGGGUCUCAAGAUCCCAAACAUGGAAUGAGAAAGCCAUUAUAUACAACCAACAAGCCCAGCAACACGCGAGAUUGAUGCUCAUGACCGCAUACGACGUCCCCAAAGUAGCCAAAUACAAGUCGAUCUUGAUGGCCCUGCUUACUAUGGUGCAGGUGACCAUAUUCUCGGGCAACCGGAUUCAAUCCGAAUAUUACUUUUUGGAAGCUGAAAAGUUUAUUCGACUAAGAGGCCUCAAACGCAAGAAAUCGCGGAAGGUCCGAUUGCUACAUCAUUGUUAUGUCUUCGAACGGAUUAUUCACGAGAGCGUGUUUAUCUGUGGUGCAAACUCGGGACAGCGCCAUCGUGUGCGAACAGCUGUCGAAUCCAGCGGAUUAGGAAUGUAUAGCCUUGACAGCCUGUCCUUUCGGCUUUCUGGGUGGAAAAAUUUACACCAGGAAAUGAUGAGAGUGCGCGGCCAAGAGGAAGGAGAAAAUGACCUGCAUCUCGAAAGACCUGGUUUCUGGUCAAACACGCUCUACCCCGAGAUCUUCGGUAUUCCUGAAUCGUGGGUCUUUCUUUUAUCCCAAGUUAUCCGGCUUGGAAAAGAGAAGGACGUCGCCGAAGGAGAGGAUGCAACAAAUUGCCUCAACUUGAAAGAUUUUCUUAGACGGGCGAAGACUCUCGAGGAGUACAUCAACAAUCUACAACGACCAAGCCUGGAGCUUACUCAUUCUCAACUCGACCAGGAAAUUAUAAGAAAUAUGCUUGAUGCCAUGCAAAAUGCACUGGCAAUAUACUUUUACCGUCGAAUCCACGACGUGGAUGCUUCCAUGUUACAGCAAAAGGUCGUGGCUGUAUUGGAAUGCCUACUACGCUGCCAGCACGCAGACUCCACAGUAGUCCAUGGCUCCGCAGGUUUUAUAUGGCCUGCAUUCAUUGCGGCAUGUGAAGCCGAGACCCCCUCUGUGCAGUCGUCAUUUGCAGAUUGGUUUGAGAAUUCGGCUUGCCGGAGCGGCUUGUCUUGCUUUACGCAGACACUAGCAGACAUCCAGAAAAUCUGGCAGGAGAAGUGUUGUGCUGGAAAGAGCGUGACUUGGUUAGAUCUAAUGAAGAGCACUAUGCCAUUGCAACAACACUUUUAA